GGAUUUGUACUCGAAAAUGUCACAAUAAAUUUACAGUUACCGAUUUUAUACCUUUUCUAUUUUGUUUAAGAACGCUAUUGCGUUCAUUUUAACCUAGUUUUCUGAGUAGUGACCUCAUUGCAGAAGAAUUCUGGAGGGCUACACCUGGGGCUCAUGGCUGUAACGAUGGAGCUGGAAGAGAGCGUGUCAGACUCGAAAUUACACAAGGAUAGCACAGCCAAAAAUGAACUGCGGCCGUCGAGUGCUGUCUCGCUCUCCAAAUCCGAAAAUGGCCCAGAAACUUCGUCGUCGACGGACCAAUUGAAGCAAUUCAAGUCAUGGGUAAGCAACGAGCGAUGGAAUGAGUUACGGAAGAUAGCUGACAACGCCAUGAAGGACCGCAGAGUGUUCAUGAUCAAGGGAGGUGGCUUCCCGGCCGUGCGCCGAGCCUUGACGGAGCGGGGGUGGAUAGAGAAAUAUGAGUCGCAUAAGGUUCGACAUCCUCCGGUUAACAUAGACCCUAAAAAAGUGACAGGCAAAGAGCUUUCAAAGGUCGAAAGGAUGAUUCUCUUCAAGUUUAUGGAGCACCAUUCAGUCGAUUUCCUUUGGACGACCAAGAGGGAUAGGUACGAUUGGUUACUUAGCAACAAGGAUGUUAUUAUAAGCAGAUUUUGCAGAUCAAUUUUCACUACCAAGGAAGGUCUGACGGCUUCGCUAACCCAAAUGCAUUGGUUCACCGAACCUGGGGUGUCUAUAACGAAAUUUCCGCGUUGCUACAACAUCCACAACUCGGAUAGCCUGGAGGAGUUUAUCGACGAUUUCAGAAUAACUGCGUGCAUCAGCAUCCUUAAAUGGCUUUCGAAAACGCUCACGAACACCAAUGAGCACGACUUGGUAUCGCACCAGGGGAAAGUUCCCUUUACAGCCAUUGAAUUUGCUUUGAACCGACUGAACGAAUACAUCUCAUUCUACACUCAUAAGGACAUCGAUGAAAUAGAGGACCAAAGCGAGCAUGUGUGGGAACACGAGUGGGACCAGUUCCUGACGCAUCAUUACCUCCUUGUUCAUGAGAAAGCUAAGUUUGCUGAAGAUAAAAACUACAGUCUGAGACAAUUGGAAAAGAAGGGGGCGAAGGUUUUAGCUCUUAUGAUCAAGUACUGGCCGCAGAUAGACAUAGACGGCGUUCUAAACAUAUGGAUCAUAAAGCCUGGCAACAAAUGCCGUGGUAGAGGCAUUCAGCUCAUGAACAAUAUCAAAGACAUAAUAGGUCUCAUCAACAUACCUGCUCAGAAAACUAGAUACGUUGUGCAGAAAUAUAUAGAAAAUCCUCUGGUUAUUUACAACACCAAGUUUGAUAUUCGUCAGUGGUUUCUAGUUACAAAUUGUCAACCUCUUACAAUUUGGGUGUACAAAGAUAGCUACCUUCGAUUUAGUUCACAAAUAUUUAGUUUGUCAAAUUACCAUGAGUCUGUGCACCUGACGAACAAUGCAGUGCAGAGUAAGUACAAGAACAACGGGCAAAGGGACAAAGCGUUACCGGAUGAGAACAUGUGGGACUGUCACACCUUCAAAGCCUACCUCAAACAGAUCGGAAAAUAUGAAAUGUGGGAUGCGAAAAUCUACCCUGGAAUCAAACAAUGUUUGAUUGGUGCGAUGCUGGCUUGUCAAGAUUCGAUGGAUAAGAGGCAGAAUAGCUUCGAAUUGUACGGAGCAGACUUCAUGCUGACGUCGGACUUUACGCCGUGGCUGAUUGAGAUCAACUCUAGCCCCGACCUGGCACCGACCACCUCCGUCACAGCGCGACUGUGUCCGCAGUGUCUAGAAGAUGUUGUCAAAGUGGUACUCGAUCGGCGUACUAAUCCCGAUGCGGAUACGGGAACAUUUGAACUCGCUUAUCGGCAGGUUAUCCCUAAAGCUCCGGCAUAUCUCGGCUUGUCCCUGUGCCUUAAUGGAAAAAAAGUAUUUAAGAAAAAGGAAAGACAAAAACAUGAACAAAAAAAUGUUACACCAAUACCGCCUCGUGUACCUUCCGGUGACGCUAUAGACCAAGAACAAUCGGUGCCUGCUGAGUACAGCGGCCCGAUAAUCACAGAUUUCCUUACUUGGUUAAACCCUUACGAUUGUUUACCGACGAACAAGGAUGGCAUCGUAAUGGAACCCAAGGAAUCUCUAACGGUACGCCAAGCUAUGACUGUGGUUAAAUCCGGUUUCGCUCUUAAGAGCGGAUCGAAAAAGCGUAAAACGUCCGCGCUCUCUUUUAGGACACAGCACCGUGGAAGGAGAGAGAAAAACGGAGAUGGUAAGCGUCGUGUAGUCCCUCACUCGUGCUGUCGACCGGAGGAGGGGCCGUCAGGUAACCCAGGCAAAUACCGUACGGAAUCCGCGAACAGAACCCAGAAGCCUAAGAUCGAAAAAUCGGUCGGUAACAAGCGCUGCUACAUAGACCCGACUGAUUGGGAACGUGAAACUGCCAGCCUGCUUCGUACCACCAUUUCCGUACAGAACAAGAGCAUUCACAGACCUGAAAAUGUGGUUCCUCUGCGACAAACUAAGUCGGGAGGAAUCAAUUCUCAUCAUAAAUUUUCCGACCCCCUCCCGAACUCGCGAAAUAUCAUGGACGAUGCGGAUCCUAUAAAAAAAUUGAGUGCUAUCGGCACAAGUAUUUGUAAACUGCGAGGAGAAAAUAAAGCUAAGAAGGGUAUAAGUUUUUCGAAAAGUUGUACGUCCAUUUAUACCCCGUAUCGUGUUAUUAUGACGCCGUUAAACGACGAACCGCGAAACUCUAUCUUAAAAUCCAAACAUACUUAAUGUUAGCCAUCAAUUGUCCCAAACGUGUGUUCAUCGCAAUUUACAAUUAACAUUGUGUUACU